AUGGCUAACUUGAUCACUUUGGCCACGUGCUCCCUCAACCAGUGGGCGCUGGACUGGGAGGGAAAUCUUGCAAGAAUUCGCAAGAGUAUUUUGAAGGCCAAAGAAGCCGGAGCUACCUUGCGAACUGGCCCUGAACUGGAAAUAAGUGGCUAUGGCUGUCUCGAUCACUUUCUUGAGUCCGAUGUCUAUGAUCAUGCCCUGGAUAUGCUAUCCAAAAUCCUAACGGAUACAUCCCUUCAUGGCAUUCUCAUUGACGUGGGACUCCCUCUUAUGCACAGAGGCUGCAGAUAUAAUUGCCGUGCAAUGAUCCUUGAUGGCAAGCUGCUGUGUCUUCGUCCAAAGAUAUAUCUGGCCAACGAUGGAAACUUCAGAGAGAACCGCUUCUUCACCCCCUGGAACCGCCCCAGAUAUGUUGAGAAAUACAACCUUCCUCCACAGAUCCAGGAACACCAGGGAGUUCGACAGGUGCCUAUCGGUGACAUUAUCUUGUCUCUUAAUGAUACAACACUUGCAGCCGAAACCUGCGAAGAACUUUUUACUCCUCAGGCACCACACAUCAACAUGGGUUUGAACGGCGUUGAAAUCUUCACAAACAGCUCAGGAUCCCACCACAGCUUGCGCAAGCUCAAUGAACGAAUCGCUUUGAUUCAGGAGGCCACCCGAAAGAACGGCGGCAUCUAUCUCUACGCAAAUCAGUCGGGCUGCGAUGGUGACCGUCUGCUCUACGAUGGCUGCUCAAUGAUCAUGGUGAACGGCGAGAUCGUCGCUCAGGGCGCACAGUUCAGCUUGGUGGAUGUUGAAGUGGUAGUUGCAACGGUCGAUCUUGAGGAAGUACGGUCAUAUCGCUUUGCUCCAUCUCGUGGUUUCCAAGCCACCCAAGCGCCAGUAUACGAGAGAAUCGAGGUCGAUUUCCGACUCACGCAUGACACCCUCCGAAUUCUCGAGAUCCCGACGCCACCUAGGCCAGCAAGAUACCACCUCCCGGAGGAAGAGAUUGCUCUCGGCCCGGCAUGCUGGCUAUGGGAUUACUUGCGACGAAGCAAAACCGCAGGUUACUUGGUCCCGCUAUCAGGAGGCAUCGACUCAUGCGCCACAGCCACCAUUGUCUACAGUAUGUGCCGGCUCGUUAUUCAGGCUGUAAAGGAUGGGAAUGAGGACGUAAUCGCCGACGUCAAGAGACUUGCUGCCUACUCUGAUAAAUUGCCCGAUACACCAGAGGAGUUUUGCAACCAAAUCUUCCAUACCGUCUACAUGGGCAUGGCCAACCAAAGCAGCAAGGAAACUCGACAGCGUGCCAAGGAUCUCGCCAAACGUAUUGGCAGCUACCACACGGAUAUGAACAUUGACGAUACUUACCACGCCACAAAGAACUUGCUUACACAGGGAACUGGAUUUGAGCCCAAGUUCAAGGUUCACGGAGGUUCAGCUGCCGAAAACUUGGCCUUGCAAAAUAUCCAGAGCCGUUCCCGCAUGGUAAUCGCCUACUACUAUGCGCAGAUGCUGCCGACGGUUCGACAACGGCCCGGUGGAGGAGGCCUAUUGGUUCUUGGAUCGAGCAACGUUGAUGAAUGCCUUCGAGGAUAUCUCACUAAAUACGACUGUAGCUCCGCUGAUCUCAAUCCUAUUGGAUCCAUCAGUAAGACCGAUCUUAAACGAUUCAUUACCUGGGCAAGCAAGAAUUUCGAUAUGCCCAUCCUGGACGAAUUCUAUCAUGCCAUUCCCACGGCCGAACUCGAACCCAUCACUGAGAACUACGUUCAAAGCGAUGAAGCCGACAUGGGCAUGACUUAUGACGAAUUAUCCCGCUUCGGUACGCUUCGCAAGCAGAACAAGCUCGGGCCGUACGGCAUGUUUCUGAGACUGCUCAACGAGUGGGGCGGCCACGGAAAACUAAGUCCCCGCGAGAUCGCCGACAAAGUCAAGCGGUUUCAUUUCUAUCACUAUAUCAACCGGCACAAGCAGACCGUCGCUACACCGGCCUAUCACGCUAUUGACUACAGUCCAGAUGAUCACCGAUUCGAUCUCCGUCCUUUCCUUUACCCCCCCGCGUUCGAGGGCUGGUCGUUCAAGAAGAUUGACGAGCGCGUAGCAGCAUUGGAGAAGGCUCUAGAACGGAAACAGGCUAAAGCAUAG